GAGAGAGAGAGAGAGAGAGAGAGGGAAACCUGGGAUAGGGUGGUUCAUUAAGAGAGACAGAAACAGUUGAAGGACAGCAGUAAUCUCUGAACCAAGCUUUAUUGGUAAGGCAGUGAGGAAAACACACUGCUACAAAAUGUGUCUGUUUUUGAGUGUUAGUGUCAAUUCUCCUGUAAUUCUGCCUCUCUCUGAUCUGAUAUGAUCUCGUCUGACAGCUGCCUGCCUGUGUCCCGAACCCUCGUUGUCAGGGUUACCUCUCCAUGGAGACGCACUCCCAAGGUAGGGGGAGGGCUUUAAGGGAAAAGGAGACCCUAACCUCGAUGGAGCAACAAGUCAAAGGAGAGAGGAUGAAGAAGGAAAGACUGUAGUUGUGGAGCAAUAAGAAGGAGAGGUGACCUGUGGGAGAACAAGAGGAGUGGAAAUUGACAGCAGAAUAAAAGAAGAAAGAGUUGGAUUUGUCAGGAUGGGCUAUGAUCUGGAGAGGUUUGUGGGCUAUGUGAAUGAGGGUCUCCUGUGCUGUGUGUGUCGAGACGUGUUGGAGCGCCCCCUUCAGGCGCCCUGUGAACAUGCAUAUUGCAGCGCCUGCAUCAGCAGCUGGCUGGUCCAUCAUCACUCCUGUCCCGAGGACAGACUGCCACUGGAUGUGGGCAGCCUCAAACCACUGUACAGGUACAUGCGUAACGACCUGACCCGUCUGCAGAUACGCUGCGUGAAUGCAGCGCAGGGUUGUGAGGUGGUCUGCUCCCUGGAGACCCUCCACACACAUGAGGAUGAGUGCGAGUUUGCCUUCAUAUCCUGCUCUAACACAGGUUGUCCUGUGCAGGUAGAGAGGCGGGGUUUGGAGGCUCACCUGUCAGAAUGCAACUUCCGCAGCAGGGAGUGUCCCAACGGCUGUGGCCACACCCUUCUCUCCACCGACCAAUCACAGCAUAACUGUGUGGCAGAGCUGCGCACAGAAGUGGAGAUGCUCAGAGAUGCUGUGCAAGGUGGAGGAAGUGAGACGAGAGAUGGAGUCUCGGUUGGACUCACAGAGGAGACAUAUGGUGCAGAAAGAGUCGCAGCUGAAGAACGAGGUGGAGGAGCUCAAGGUCACCUGUCAAUCCUACUCUCUUUACUCCAUCUAAUGGGUCAGUUGUCCCGCGUGAUGUGCGACAUGCGAGCCCUGUUAGGAGCAGAGCGUCUGAGACGACAGGAGCUGGCAGAAGCCGAGCUGGAAAAGAGGGAACUGCUGGAGCUCCUCAGAGACCUGCAGCCAACCAGGAGUCCACAUUCCACCGAACAGGCAGCCAGGGACGAGCGUCAGGGAGACCAGCAGACAUUUGGAUGGGAACUACUACACACGGAGCAGACAAGACACCAGCAGAGGGAGGCAUUUUUACAUGCCUCCAGUCUAUCACUACAUUCAGCUCAGGCCAUAAAUAUAUCAGGUCCACCUCCGUCACCUCAGCUGGGUGAGGGAGCACGUAAAGGUGGAACCAGGAGUCUGACUCUAGACUGCAUCAAGAGGAAGAGCAGGGAGGUGACAGUCAUCUGAGUAGACUGGACUGUUGGGAGAUUGUCCAAACUAGAAAAGAUUAAAUCUUUAUUUUUGUAACAUUUUGCAAACGGUUUCCAACAUUCAUUUAGAAAUUAAAAUGUAAUGCAAGUACAGCAAGUUCUUUUGUGUCUGGCCUAAAGAGUUUUAGUCUGCGGUGGAAUGAACCAUAUGUUGUGUUCGUCAGGUCUUUUUUUGUAAUUCUACAAACUAAAAUUAUCUUUUGACUAAGCUCAAGUGAAAGUGAAUAUUUAUUAAUUUUGUAGACUCACCCCCAAUCAAUUCUGCAAACAGAUCAUUGUGUACUGUCUCUUGGAUUAAAAACAAUUACCUCAAAUGA